UGAAAAAGAAAGGAAAGGAAAGGCCCUGGUGACCCAGCCCACUGGGACGAACGGUCUGGAGUUGGCAUCCCAGGCUCUCCCGUGUGUACCUGAGGUGACCAUGGCCUUGCUGGGGAAGCGCUGUGACGUCCCCACCAAUGGCUGUGGGCCUGACCGCUGGAACUCCGCCUUCGCCCGCAAAGACGAGAUCAUCACCAGCCUUGUGUCUGCCUUAGAUUCCAUGUGCUCGGCGCUCUCCAAGCUGAACGCAGAGGUGGCCUGUGUCGCUGUGCAUGAUGAGAGCGCCUUCGUGGUGGGCACCGAGAAGGGGAGAAUGUUUCUGACCGCGCGGAAGGAGCUGCAAUCAGACUUCCUCAGGUUCUGCCGAGGACCCCCGUGGAAGGAGCCGGAGGCAGAGCACCACAAGAGGGUGCCUCGGGGUGAGGCUGGCGGCCGGAAUAUCCCUCGGUCCACCCUGGAGCAUGGCUCAGAUGUGUACCUUCUGCGGAAGAUGGUAGAGGAGGUGUUUGAUGUUCUUUAUAGCGAGGCCCUGGGAAGGGCCAGCGUGGUGCCGCUACCCUAUGAGAGGCUACUCAGGGAGCCUGGGCUGCUUGCCGUGCAGGGGCUGCCCGAGGGCCUGGCCUUCCGGAGGCCGGCUGAGUAUGACCCCAAGGCCCUCAUGGCCAUCCUGGAGCACAGCCACCGUAUCCGCUUCAAGCUCAAGAGGCCACUUGAGGAUGGCGGUCGGGAUUCAAAGGCCCUGGUGGAGCUGAACGGUGUCUCCCUGAUAACCAAGGGGUCUCGGGACUGUGGCCUGCAUGGCCAGGCCCCCAAGGGGCCACCCCAGGACCUGCCCCCCAGCGCCACUUCCUCCUCCAUGGCCAGCUUCCUGUACAGCACUGCACUCCCCAACCACGCUGUGAGAGAGCUCAAGCAGGAGGUGCCCACCUACCCACUUGCCCCCAGUGACCUGGGCCUCAGCCGGCCUGGGCCUGAGUCCAAGACUCCCACUGCCCAAGACUUCUCUGACUGCUGUGGACAGAAGCCCACCGGGCCUGGUGGGCCUCUCAUUCAGAACGUCCAUGCCUCUAAGCGCAUUCUCUUCUCCAUUGUCCACGACAAGUCAGAGAAGUGGGACGCCUUCAUCAAGGAAACCGAGGACAUCAACACGCUCCGGGAGUGCGUGCAGAUCCUGUUCAACAGCAGAUAUGCGGAAGCCUUGGGUCUGGACCACAUGGUCCCCGUCCCCUACAGGAAGAUUGCCUGCGACCCGGAGGCUGUGGAGAUCGUGGGCAUCCCGGACAAGAUCCCCUUCAAGCGUCCCUGCACCUACGGGGUUCCCAAGCUGAAGCGGAUCCUGGAGGAGCGGCACAGCAUCCACUUCAUCAUUAAGAGGAUGUUUGAUGAGCGAAUUUUCACAGGGAACAAGUUUACCAAAGACCCCACGAAACUGGAGCCAGCCAGCCCGCCAGAGGACACCUCUGCAGAAGUCUCCCGUGCCACCGUUCUUGACCUGGCCGGGACUGCUCGGUCAGACAGGAGCGGGAUCUCUGAAGACUGUGGGCCAGGAACCUCGGGGGAGCUUGGGGUGCUGAGGCCCAUCAAAAUGGAGCCAGAGGAUCUGGAUAUCAUUCAGGUCACCAUCCCAGACCCGUCGCCAACCUCUGAGGAAAUGACAGAUUCGAUGCCCGGGCAUCUACCCUCGGAAGAUUCUGGUUAUGGGAUGGAGAUGAUGACUGGUAAGAAAUGGGCUGGGGACAAAACGA